AUGGAUAAGCUGCACGAGACGUUGGUAAACAUGGAAGACGCUUUGGGGUCGGAGCACUCCGUCUGCUUGUCUUCCUGGGACUGGAAAAGCACCGCUGGGCCUUUCGAGCUGCACUCCGUCUCUUCUCCUCACAGCUUAUCCCCCACACCCUCCUUCGAAUCCUACUCCUCAUCCCCUGGCCCCGCGGCAGCAGAGACUCCCUACGGCAGCGGCGGCAGCCUGGUGGGCUACGGCCUCGUGGACUUCCCCGCCGCCUACCUGCCCAGCCCCGGGCAGGCUCGGCUGCCCAAGGGCACCAAGGUGAGGAUGUCGGCCCAGCGCAGGAGGAAGGCCAGCGAGAGGGAGAAGCUGCGGAUGAGGACCCUGGCCGAUGCGCUCCACACGCUGCGCAACUACCUGCCCCCCGUCUACAGCCAGAGGGGACAGCCCCUCACCAAAAUACAAACCCUGAAGUACACCAUCAAGUACAUCAGCGAGCUGACGGAGCUGCUUGACAGUGUCAAGCGGGCGUAG